AUGCCUUUUCCAUACCAGAAAGUUGUCGUAAUUGGAGCGACGAGCGGCAUCGGCGAGGCGCUCGCGAGACGGUUGGUCGAGGAUGGCUCUUUCGUGAUCGCCGUGGGCCGACGCAAAGAGAAUCUAGAGGCGUUGGUGCAGCAAUAUGGCCCGGACAAGAUUCAUGCAGUGCCAUUCGAUAUCACACGACUCGAGGCGAUACCAACAUUUGCAGGCGACAUCGCAAGUGCCCACCCAGGUGUCGAUUGCGUAAUUUUAAAUUCUGGCAUCCAGCGGAAAACCGAUUUCAGUGACUUCGACUCCAUUGACGUGGACGUCCUCAGCCUUGAAUUGAACACAAACUAUAUUGCUCAGCUGGCACUAACGAAGGCAUUCUUACCGUUUUUGAUGAAGAAGGACACAGAAUCUGCGCUGAUAUAUGUGACUUCAGCACUGGGUCUUAUUCCCGUCCCACGCUGUGCCAACUAUUGUGCUUCCAAGGCUGCUUUACACCAAUUUAUCUUGUGUCUGCGUCAACAAUUGAAGAAAUCGAACAUCAAGGUGGUGGAGCUUUUGCCCCCAGCGGUUCAAACGGAGCUCCAUGAUGAGAAGCAUCAACCGGAUCUCAAAAAUGGUCGGGCAAUGGGUAUGCCGCUUGAUGAGUUCACUAACCAGUUCCAUUGGAACAGGCCCACCUCGUACAUUAAGGCCAGCAGUGCUUUGGACUAUUUCUCUGAAUCUUUCCCCCCCUCGCGUCUAAACACCGUCGAGAGCCAGUUACCAGACAAUAUUCACGAUGUGGUGCGUAAGCCUUUCCAGCAACAUCUUCUUCCGCGGCUGCUGACAGCCAACAGUGGCAUCUUUGGCUACAUCAAUUAUUUGGUCGAGAAGGACCGCAAGCUCAUUCUCGACACUCUGCUUAACGGUCUCUCCCGCCUCGAAUACAGAGGGUACGACUCCGCCGGUCUCGCAGUUGACGGUGACAAGAAGAAUGAGGUCUUUGCAUUCAAAGAAGUGGGCAAGGUGGCCAAGUUGAGAGAGAUGGUUGCCGAGUCUGGCAUCGACAUGACCAAGGUCUUUGAUUCUCAUGCUGGCAUUGCACACACUCGGUGGGCUACUCACGGCCAACCUUCGAGGGUCAAUUGCCAUCCACAUAGAUCGGAUCCCAAAUGGGAGUUUGCUGUUGUCCACAACGGCAUCAUCACGAACUACAAAGAACUCAAGGCUUUGCUGGAAGGGAAAGGCUUCAAGUUUGAGACGGACACCGACACGGAAUGCAUUGCCAAACUCGCCAAAUUCCUCUACGAUUCCCACCCUGACAUUGAUUUUACCACCCUCGGAAAGGCUGUCAUCAAAGAGCUUCAGGGAGCUUUUGGCCUGCUUAUGAAGUCGGUCCACUUCCCACACGAAGUCAUUGCCGCACGAAAAGGUUCCCCCUUGGUGGUGGGGGUCAAGACAGCCAAGAAGAUGAAGGUCGACUUUGUGGAUGUUGAAUACUCCGAAGAUGGUGGCGCUUUGUCGGCUGAAAGGGCAAACCAUAAUGUUGCUGUCAAGAAGUCUGCUGCUGGUCUCUUGUCUCCUGGUGGUCUCCUGGCACCCCCUGACAAGUCUCUCCUUCACCGUUCGCAGUCGCGCGCAUUCCUGUCGGACGAUGGCAUGCCUCAGCCCGCCGAAUUCUUCCUCUCUUCUGAUGCGUCCGCUCUCGUUGAGCACACAAAGAAGGUCCUGUACCUGGAGGAUGACGACAUUGCCCACAUUCAUGAGGGACAACUGAACAUUCAUCGAUUGACCAAGGAUGACGGCACUUCCAACGUGCGUGCCAUUCAGACGAUUGAGCUUGAGCUCCAGGAGAUCAUGAAGGGCAAGUUCGACCACUUUAUGCAGAAGGAAAUCUUCGAGCAGCCCGAAUCGGUCGUCAAUACCAUGCGUGGUCGUCUGGACGUCGCCAACAAGACUGUUACCCUCGGAGGUCUCAGACAGUACAUCAGCACCAUUCGCCGAUGCCGAAGAAUCAUUUUCAUCGCCUGCGGCACGAGCUAUCAUUCAUGCAUGGCCGUCCGUGGCGCUUUUGAAGAGCUGACGGAGAUUCCCAUUGCGGUUGAAUUGGCCUCUGAUUUCCUUGACAGGCAGGCACCUGUCUUCCGAGACGACACUUGUGUGUUCGUGUCACAAUCUGGUGAAACCGCCGAUUCGCUCAUGGCCCUUCGUUACUGCUUGGAGCGUGGGGCGCUGACCGUUGGCAUUGUCAACGUGGUCGGUUCUUCCAUUUCUAUGCUCACUCACUGCGGUGUCCACAUCAACGCUGGACCUGAGAUUGGUGUCGCCUCCACCAAGGCCUACACUUCCCAAUUUGUAGCUAUGAUCAUGUUUGCCUUGUCUCUCAGCGAGGAUCGUGCCUCCAAGGCGCAGCGCCGCCACGAGAUCAUUGAUGGUUUGGCGAAAGUCAGCGAUCAGUUCCGAGAGAUUCUCAAAUUGAAUGAUUCGAUCAAGGAGAUGUGCGCUAAAUUCUUGCAAAAUCAAAAGUCAUUGCUACUGCUCGGCCGAGGCAGCCAAUACUCCACUGCGCUCGAGGGUGCCUUGAAAAUCAAGGAAAUCUCAUACCUUCACUGUGAGGCGGUCAUGUCUGGAGAACUUAAGCAUGGAGUUCUGGCUCUUGUUGACGAGAAUCUCCCCAUCAUCAUGAUUUUGACUCGAGACGACAUCUUCGCCAAGUCAUUGAACGCCUACCAGCAAGUGAUUGCGCGAAAUGGACGCCCUAUCGUUAUUUGCAAUAUGGACGAUCCAGAAUUCCCGGCUUCCAAGACUGAGCGUAUCCAGGUGCCAAAGACCGUCGACUGCUUGCAAGGUCUGUUGAAUGUCAUUCCACUGCAAUUGAUUGCUUACUGGCUUGCGGUUGCCGAGGGAUUGAAUGUGGACUUCCCUCGUAAUUUGGCCAAGUCCGUCACCGUGGAGUAG